UUGUUAUUUGUCGCUCGCUCGUUCCCGUUCUUGAUCCUCUCCUUGUCCUCAUUCUUCCCUGGGAAUGGGAAUGGUGAGCUUCGAGCGAUCAUGGGGUUUUCUUCUCUCUUGCUGCUGCAUGCAGUCUAUCAUCUUGCUUUUAUCACCUAGAUCGGAUUUCUUGUUGUGAUGGGAGAACGCCACUGGAUCUUGGCGGUAGAGGGUGGUUUUAACAUAUUUCACAUAUUUGAGAAAGGAAAGGAUACUCAUGUGCAAAGUUCAGAGCAAGUGCCCGAGAAGAAGAUAAAUUGGAUUUCUUCUAUUUUUAAAGUGGAUAGAAGCAAAACGAAAGAAAGCGAACCAGAAGCAAGUGCUACUGAAGCUUUGGCACAUUCAGAUGUUCGGAUUAAUGCGACAGAGCAAACUACCAGAGAUUCUGAAAUAAGCGAUGACAGGUUUAGUGGACCACCUGGUGUUAGCUUUGAAGAACAGAUGGAUGAUCAACCUGAACUACAUGAUUCUGUCACUCAGACCAUAUCCACUUCAGAAGCUAUGAUUCAGACCAAAGAGUUAAUUUAUGCUGGAGUUAAAGAUAAUGAUGGUAGAAUGAGAGAUGAUUCAGGAGUUGAUGCUACUAAAAUAACUUCUCAAAGUGACCAGAUAAUUCAAAGUUCAGAAGCAACUACUACUGAAGUUUUGGCACAUUCGGAUGUUCGAAUUAAUGUAUUAGAGCAAACUGCCAGAGAUACUGAAAUAAGCAAUGACAGGCUUAGUGGACCUUCUAGCGUUAGUUUCAAAGGACACAUGGAGGAUCAGUCCGAACUACAUGAUCCUGCUCAGACCAUAACCACUUUAGGAGCUAUGUUUCAGAUCAAAGAGUCAAUUGAUGCUGGAGUUAAAGAAAAUGAUGUCAGACUCAGAAUGAUGGACGAUUCUGGAGUUGAUGCUUCUGAAAUAACUUUCCAAAAUGAACAGAUAAUUCAAGAUUCAGAAACAAAUGCUACUGAAGUGUUGACGCAUUCUGAUGUUGCGAUUAAUGUAGCAGAGCAAACUGCCAGAGAUACUGAAAUAAGCAAUUACAGGCUUAGUGGACCUUCUAGUGUUAGUUACAAAGAACAGACGGAGGAUCAGCCAGAACUACAGGAUCCUUCCACUCAGACCAUAUCCACUUCGGAUGCUAUGAAACAGAUCAAAGAGUUAAUUGACGAUGGAGUUAAUGAUAAUGAUGUCAGAAUGAAAGAUGACUCAGUUUUUGUUCGUGCAGGAGUUGAUGCUAAUAAAAUAACUUCUCAAAGUGACCAAAUAAUUCAAGGUUCAGAAACAAGUACUACGGAAGUGUUGGCACAUUCAGAUGUUCGGAUUAAUGUAGCAGAGCAAACUGCCAGAGAUACUGAAAUAAGCAAUGACUGGGAUAUACUAAAAAGCAUUGUAUAUGGAGGUCUGAAUGAAUCAAUUACUAGCCUGGCUGUUGUGUCAUCAGCAGCUGGUGCUGACGUUUCAACAUUGAAAAUUGUUGCAUUAGGGUUGGCAAAAUUGAUUGGCGGAUUUCUUUUAAUUACCCAUGAACUUUUUGAGCUUAGAACUGCACAAGAUGAAGCUACUGAACAGAAAGAUGAACAAGGUGGACGUUACUGGGAACUGCUUGGGUGGAGAGCAAAUUUCCGCCGGCACUUUCCUGUUGCUACAAUAUCAUACAUUUUAUUUGGCUUAGUCCCUCCUGUUGUUUAUGGUUUCUCAUUUAGGAGGAGCGACGAGAAGGAAUUCAAGCUCAUGGCUGUUGCUGCAUCAUCUCUUCUAUGCACAGCUUUGCUGGCCUUAUGUAAGGCCCAUGUUAAACCACAAAAAGGCUACGUAAAAACCAUGGUCUACUACCUAGUUCUUGGUGUAUCAGCAUGUGGUCCUUCCUAUCUGGCUGGGAUGAUGAUCGACAAGUUACUUGAGAAGCUUGGUUUGUUUGAUCAUGGGACAACUCUUCAGUCACCUCCCACUCUUAUGUGUCAAGACUUAAGAGAACCAUCAUGGACAUCUUAUUGAUGAUGGAACCCUGCUACUGAUAGACGUGAA